UAUUCUAUGAAGAUUCUUCAAAACUGUCUAUCUAUGCCCCUAUGCUUAAUGAGUUGUGAAUAAAGGCGUCUAUAAUUUUGAUUUAUUAGUGGAGGAUUGUGUUUUAAGAAUUAAAAUGUGUGUUUCAAUUCCCCAUUUCGAUCAUAUUCAAAGGAUGAUUUCAUACUAUAACACACAAAGUUUCGUUUUUUGUUUGUAAAUACAUAUUGGACAUCUGAACAUAAUGGCCGAACAAAGUGUUAAUUUCGAGGAAAAUAACAUAAUGUCCUUUUUAAAUACUGACCAUAAUCCUGAGGAAACGGUCCCUAAUUCCGGUAACGAAGUGAAUCUCGGUUUAGAAGCGAGCAAUAAUCUAAGUGAUAUAAUAAAUGAUGAUCAAGUGAUGGAUGAACAUCCAGAUCAUAACAUACUUUCCACAGAUAGUGAUCAGGAUCAGUUGAAUAAGGAAUCAAUUGAAACUAGUAGUAUUCCUGUUAAUGAGUCUGGUCCUGAAGUUGAGAGCCCUACAACUGGUGAAACUUUUACUUUCAAGUGUGUGUUUUGUGAACAGAUUUUAACUUUUUCGGAUGGACCGAAGUUGCUAGAGUGUCUUCAUAAUUCUUGUUCUAAUUGUAUCACCAGCAAACUGUAUGAUCAAAGCAUAGGAGUUUCUGCAAAAGGUGCAAUUGAAUGUCCUAUUUGUAACCUGCCAUCUGGCCCAGAUAAAAUAAUAGAAAAUCAAUUUUUGUUGGAAGCGUCUAAUACAGACGAUGCUGCAAAUUCAGCUGCUUCCAAAGCAGCUGAUUUGAAAUGUAGUAGCUGCUCUGAAGAUAUUAUUGCUACUAGUUGGUGUGUAGAUUGUGCUGAGUUCAUUUGUGAUAGCUGUGUUCAGGCACACCAGCGGUUGAAAAUCACAAAAGAUCAUACUAUAAAACCAAAAGAUGAAGGAAUGAUGGAAGUUAAUAAUAUAUCCAGUGGAAUGGGGGUUAAUCUAUUUUGUGAAGUGCAUCCACAUGAGAAAUUGUCUCUGUUUUGUGAGAACUGCGAUAAAUUAACAUGUCGAGAUUGUCAGUUGAUUGAACACAGGGAACACAAAUACAAAUUCACCAAUGAAAUUGCCUCAGAAGCUAGGAAAUACAUAUCAGAUAUGCUGAAGGAUGUUGGUUAUAAAAGAGUUCUUUUAUCGAGUGCUAUGAAGGUCAUUGAUGACAGACAAACUUUGAUAGUGGAGAAAAAACAAGCUUUAGUGAAAGAAAUAACACAGUUAGUUGUAAAGCUAACAAACACAAUCAAUGUGAGAGGAAAACAGCUGGUAUCAAAACUCAGUGACGUUUGCGAGUCAAAACAAAAAACCCUGAAUGAAAAAAAACAAGCCCUAGAACAAUUAUCCAAAAUGACUGAUUAUUGUAUCCUUUUCACCCAACAUGCUUUAGAAAAAGGAAGUGACUUGGCAUUGUUAUAUAGUAAAAAACAAGUAACAGAGCACUUGAAAAGAAUAAAAUGUAGAAGGGCUGAUAUCCCCAAUCCAGAAAUUCCUGUACGCAUACAUUUAGCUCUAGACAAAGUACCAGAAUUAGUCAAAGGGCUGACUUCAGUUAUGUCGACAAUAGGGCAGAUUGUUGUUGAUGGACGAAUAUACCCACCUCCAGAGCAACAAAUGUCCAUUCAACAGAAUCAAAUGAAUAUGAUCUCCCCAAUUGGGUCACAAAGUCCAGGACAUAGCAGACCACCGCAGCAGCAGUCCCCCAUUGGUCAAAUUGUACCACAGAAUUCCCACGGUAAUUUCCAGGCUAACAAGCCACCACCUUACAGGGCCCCAUUCAAUAAUAAUCAACAAUUUUCCCAUCAAAACAUCUCCCCAAAUAUGGCCCAACAGAAUCAGACCAUUCAGCAAGCAUUAUCGCCGAAUUUGCAACAUAAUAAUCAGAGUAACAUGGGCAUACAUCGUAUUCAAAAUAUGGGUCCACCAGCCAUGGUUCCAAUGUCAUCCCAGGGAAUUCUUGCUCAGCAGCUAAAUAACAUUGGUAUAAUUAACAGAAUGCAGAGACCGCAGAUGCAAAGACCCAUGUUAGGCAGAGGAACCAACAAUUCUCUUGGAUUGACUCAUCAACAACAGAUGAGCACAAAACUUAAUUUUCAGGUUUCCUCUUCUACUCAUCCACAGGGUCUUUUACACGAUCGUAGUGCGUUGAGGGGGCUUUUACAACACAACUCGAAUCCGGUUUAUGUCCAAACUGGUCCAUCCCAGUACCAAGCUAUACAACCAGGCCCUCAUUUGGCUCAGUUCCACGCUAGGUUUUCUGGACAGGGGCAACAAAAUCAAGGUGCAGCACAGGUGCAGGUCUUUAGGCAGCAGAGUCCGAACAAUCUAAUGAUGCAAGCUAAUAACCAGAAUAGACAUUUCCAACAUUUACAGCAGGCACAAUCGCAAAUGCAAAGAAUAAACUUCCCUGCUCAAGGUGCUAAAUGGCACAUACCCCAACAAUGCAGUUCUGAAACAAGUCCUGGUGGUAAUAGGAAUAUGUCUCUACCCGCGAUAAACGACAAUUUCAAAAUCACACUAAAACAGCAAAAUCACACCGAUAGCAAUAAAAACCCAGCAACUGUCACAUCUACAAUUCCAAAAACUCCCAGUCCCAAUCACAUCCAAGGAAGGAGCGACACUGAGAGGAAUUUGGAUAAAUGUUGUGAAGAUUCUGUAAACGACUUGAUGGCUACAAUCGCGAAACUCGACUCUAAUGGGGUUCAAGUGUUGGCAGAGGGAAGACAGAAAUCUGGAGGAUCCCCACAUGUUGAUAGCUCAACAGGCGAUGCUGCCCCUCUGUGCAAAGUGAAACCAGAAUGUCUAGAUACUGGUAAAGAUGAUCCAAAUGAAGAUUGGUGUGCUGUAUGCAUGGACGGAGGAGAGCUAGUUUGCUGUGACAAAUGCCCAAAAGUUUUCCACCAAUAUUGUCAUAUUCCUAAUUUGAGUGUAGAGGAGACAGGAGACACCUGGCAAUGUCUCUUAUGUAUGAACUUUGCCGAUAUUCCAGAAACUGAAAAGAAAGAUGGAGAAUUAUCCUUGAAGGAGAGGAAGAAGGCAGAAAGGCUAGUGCUGGAAUUAUAUUGUCAAUACGAUCCUAGUUUACCAUUCAGGGAGGUUAUCGGCCCAGAUAACAUUGAUUAUCAUGCUAUCAUAAAAACCCCAAUGGCUUUAGAUAAUAUCAGGCAGAAGCUCAAAUGGGAUUCUGAAGAGAGAUACAGGUCACUAGAAGAUUUGGUUCGGGACGUCAGGCUCAUGUUCCGGAAUGCUUAUAAUUACAAUUCUGCUGACUCAUUGGUUUAUCAGGAUGCAAAAACACUAGAGAAGUUCUUUGAUGAACAACUGGAAAAAUUCCUACCAGAAUACGCUUAUGAAAAUUUUGAGGAUGAUGCCGGUGCUCCUCCUAUUAAGAAAGUCCGGAGAGCAGUGAAUGACUGACAAAUAGUUCAUGGUGUAAAUGAUAUAACUUAUUUCUCAUUAUAGUUGGACAAUUAUUUUUCUGGAUCAUUCAGAAUGGUUUAAGAGGGUUUGUAAAAAUUAUACAUAUAUAGAUAUAUAUAUUAUAUACAUAUUUAAAUAUUGUUAGUGAUGGAUACUUUAAAUAUAAGAAAUAUUGGUUAUUCAAUUUGAAUGUAACCAUUGACUAUUGAAUCUUUCAUUUUCAAUUUGAAUGUUUGAUACAGACAGAUAUAUUGUAGUGACUCCUUUUUACUUGUUAUAUUCAUCUGUUAGGUGAUCUUAUCAAUUGUUUUCCUACUUCGAAUCUUUAUGUUAUCAUCGCUUAUUAUAUACUCGAUUAAUAGUUA